AUGGAACUUGGAGCUUGCAGAAAAGGAAGCGAAUUUUCACUAUAUGAGAGACUGGCUACCAUUGGUUUGGUGGUUCUUGCUGUGGCUUCUACUCUUUACAUGGAGCGAAAGCCAGAGUGUGACUUGGAAGAUAAUGAUGAAGAACCCACGAAUGUUGCUGUUUGGUUGCCUGUGCUGCUCUUUUUAUUGAUUUUAUGCAUAGCUUUAUCAGCUUUCUUGGACCAGAGCUUGGCCGUGUUUGAUCGUUACUGGAUUCAUAGAGUUUGUGGCUCCUCAGGCGGUAUUUUUGUGAUUAUUACUGUUCUUUUUCUUAUUUUGAAGUGGAAAUCAUCUUUGUAA